AGACUGUGUGAGGUUCUGGAGCAGAAGUUGUCCAAACAGAAGGAGGAAACAGCUCAGCUUCAGAGGAAUCUUUAUUUCGCCCUUAAAGAAGAAGAGCUGCGAUUGGCUCGACAAAGUCAGACUUUCCAGCACUUCUGCAAGAGAGUGAGCCGGCAAGACUCCGCAGUAGACCAGCAGAUGUUGGAUGUGAUCGACUUCUAUGAGACUAAAAUGACUCAGCUGCUAGAUGAGCUCAGAUCUGUCAAAGGAGAACCCGAAGGAUCUCAAGUUGCUCAUCGGACCAGAAUCAAUAAGGCAUCCAGCAACGUUACUCCAUCUUUCAAAACCAUUCUCAAGGCGUACCAGGAGCAGCAAAAGAAAAGCAACGGUCAAAUCGAAGAUCUGAAGAGGGAGGUGGAUCGGCUGAAGCAAGAGCUGGAGACCAGGCCGACACUUAAAGAAUUGAAGUUCUACAAACACAAACUCCGCCGGCUGGAGGACUCAAAUAACACCAG